AUGCCUUUCAAGAAGAAUAAUAAUAAACAUAAGAAACAGAAUCAUAAAAAAGUACAGGAUGUCUAUUAUGGUAAUAAAGAGGUACAAGAGAGAUGGGAUCCAAAGAAGACCACUCUUGAGAACUAUGCUCUCAUGGGUUUGAAGUUUCAAAAUACAACUAGAGAUUCAGAGAGAAGACAACAGGCAUUGGAGAAGCUAAAUAUGGUUGAGAAGCCAAUCGAUCUAAAAGUUGAACCAGAAGCACCAAGAGUAGAGAGAGGUCAAACUUUUUCGGAUCAACAUUAUUACAGAGAUUUAAUACUUAAAUAUAAUGAUGAUUAUGAGAAAAUGAAAAUGGAUCAUAAAAUUAAUUAUAUGCAGAAAACAGCAAAGCAAUUGGAAAAUGGUUGUAAGAGAUUCAUUGUUUUAUAUGGUCAUCCUUUAAUGCCAAAUGUAGAGGAGAAAGUAGAAGAGAAGAAAGUAGAGAAACAAGUUAAGCCAGUUGAAGAAAAACAAAAACCAAAACAACAACAACAACAAACAACACCAAAUAAAAGAAAACCAAAGAGACAAUCACAAAUUAAAGAGAAAGUAGUAGAAGUUCAACAAGUUACAGAAACUUUAAAUACAACAACAACAACCACAGCCAAACCACAACAACCUGCAGCUGCCAAGAGAGCAAACAAAAGAAAGACAACAACAGCCACCACCACUGAAUCUAACAAAGCAGCACCAGUACCAACCACCUCCACCACAACUACCACUAAAACCAUUAAAAAGACCAAUCCCAAAUCAGUGUAG